GACAAUAAUGAGAUUAGUGUCAUGCGAUGUUAUCAAUUUCCAGGUUUACAUCAUGUUUCUGAGCUCGGUUUGUUUGAUAUAAUAAUAAUAAUAAUAAUAAUAAUAAUAAUAAUAAUGAAAGGAAAGUGUGUGAAAAUGCAUGUAGGACAUAUAAAAACAUGACCUUAACCCUAACCUUCCUGUUUAACUCUCUCACACAGCUCUUCCUCUGUAGUUUCCAUUCUUCAUGAACAAAGCCAGGAUUUUUCUACUUGGGAAUUUUCCAGUUGUGUCUAAUAAUUUUAAUGUGAUGCCACUUGGCUGAGUAUUAUAAAACUGACAUUUUUUUUAAGAUUAUUGUAGACUCUUAAAUAAUGCUAAUGGAAUGUGUAUAGUGAAAGUGUGGAAUGGUAUUGUACACAUAAAAAAAUUGAGUAGCGUGAGAUAUGUUUGGUUACAAAGUGUUAAAUAUUAUGUUCUUCUAUGUUUUAGGUGAAAACCAUGAGCUGGUUUCCUGUGUUAGAUGUUUUUUUUUAGAUGUUUUGUGACUUAAACACCCCCCCCCCCCACACACACACACACACCAGCUAUAUAAAGUGAAGAGGGAGGUGAUAUCUACACUAAUACCAUUCUGCUCCUGACCAUCACUAUCUUCAUCAUUCUCUUCAACAUCUUCAGCAGCAGUCAUGAUCUCUCGUUCUCUCCUGCUGGUUCUGCUGGUUCUCGGCUGCCUUCAGUCCUUCACAACGGCCCACUAGGGAAAUGUACCAGAAGAGUGCUGUACCAGCUUUCUGACACGACCAAUCUCUGUAAAAAACAUUACAGCUUAUGCAGUAACAGAUAUUCGGUGUCGAAAACCUGGAGUCAUCUUUACUCUACAGAACGGUCGUCAUUUGUGUGCAGAUCCCAAAGACAUGUGGGUGAAGCAUCACAUGAAUUGUAUUGACCUGAUUAACAGUCUGAACGUCACUGAACUUGUAGUUGGACCAGAUCAGUGCUGUACCAAGUUUCCGAGACAACCAAUCCCUGUAAAAGUCAUUACAGUGUAUGAAGAAACAGAUCCUGAGUGUCUAAUACCUGGAGUCAUCUUUACUCUACAGAACGGUCGUCGUGUGUGUGCAGAUCCCGGCUUCAAGUGGGUGAAGAGUCACAUGAACAAAACUGACCAGCGUCUGUUUAACAGUCUGAACAAACCUGAAGUUGUAGUUGGACCAGAUCAGUGCUGUACCAAGUUUCUGAGACAACCAAUCCCUGUAAAAGUCAUUACAGCAUAUAACAUAACAGAGCUUCAGUGUCAAAUACCUGGAGUCAUCUUUACUCUACAGAUUGGUCGUGAUGUGUGUGCAGAUCCCAAAGACAAGUGGGUGAAGAACAACAUGAACAGAAUUGACCAGCUUCUGUUUAACAGUCUGAACAAACCUGAAGAGAGUUUAAAUCCUCUCUCCAAGUAAUGAAUAAUUAUUUUACUAAAUGGACUUUUUACAUAAUCACACAUUAUGAUUAAAGCUUUUAGUUAUAAACUUAAAUAUAAUCUGAUUUAUUCUAUAGACUGUUAACAUGAAUUCAUUUACUUUUUAUUGACAUUUCUAUGCUUUAAAAGAAAAUAAUGCUGGUUGCAUUCAAACAUUUGACAGGUUUACAUACAACAUUAAUAUAUUAAUAUAUGUAACAUACACAGAUAUGUCUGAUCAUGGUAUGACUUCCUGUUCUGCAAAAUUGAUUUAUUUGUCUUCAUGCAGUCUUACAUCAUAUAUUUCUCUUUCUCUGUUAAAAUCAUUUUUUCAUGUAAAAUAAUCUGAGUUAUACUUACUUUUUACAAUUCUUGAUUUUUUCUUUCUUUCUACUAGUGAUUUGAAUUGUUACAAAAUAGUAGAAGAAUGAAGGUCAAUAAAUAAUCAGUGUAUUAUGA